CUUUGUGCGUACGAAAUAUAUAUGAGCAUGGUAUUAUGAUGUAUGCAGCUGAUCAAGUUGACGAAUUUGUCAGUGACUGUAUGUAACUCCCACCCCGACUUCUGAGGUGGAAGACCGCAAAUUCACAGCUUAUCUUAGACCAACUUUAGACCACCAUUUGGAUCGUAUGUCGGCCGUUCGUACUCUAUCUACGUGCACAGCUCGACAUUUUGUUCUCUCUGGGUCGAGAUGUCGAACUCACCGUAGCUUGCCAGGUUGGAUCAACCUCCGAGGAUUAGCAACCUCCACAGAAGGAACCCUGAGGAAAACAGGCCUUUACGACUUUCAUAUCAAAAAUGACGCGAAGAUAGUACCAUUCGCUGGAUAUCAAAUGCCUCUUGCCUACGGGAACGUUGGCCAAGUUGCCAGUCACGCUCAUGUCCGCACCGAUGCGGGUUUAUUUGAUGUUGGACACAUGGUGCAAUCUAAUUUCCGGGGACGUACUGCUACAGCAUUUUUAGAGUGGUUAACGCCCUCGUCGCUUACGUCGCUCGCCCCGUAUACCUCUACUUUAUCUGUUCUCCUGAAUGAAAAAGGCGGUAUCAUUGACGACACCGUCAUCACGAAGCACUCAGAAGAUGCCUAUUAUGUGGUGACAAAUGCUGGAAGACGCGACAGGGAUCUCACGUGGUUCAAGGAGAAGCUUGAAGAGUGGAAUACUAGUGAUAGAGCAAAAAGUGGAAAGGUAGAGCACGAGGUCUUGGAGGAUUGGGGACUUGUCGCGCUGCAAGGUCCUGCAGCUGCGCAGUAUCUGCAGAGCUUGACCUCCUUCGAUUUACGUGAGCUAACAUUUGGCAAGUCUGCAUUUGUGCCUAUUGAGGGUUUCAACCUGCACGUUGCUCGGGGAGGUUAUACCGGCGAAGACGGAUUUGAGGUGGACACUUUGACUAUUUUUUUUAAGAUCUCGAUACCACCAUUUCAAACGGCAGACGUUACCAAAUUGCUCUGCAAAGCCCCAGUGCAACUGGCAGGUCUGGGUGCUCGGGACUCCUUACGUCUAGAAGCUGGGAUGUGUUUAUAUGGUAAUGACUUGGACGAGGAUACUACUCCUGUCGAGGCUGGUUUGACUUGGGUCAUCGGCAAGGAACGUAAAGAGACUGGAAAUUUCAUUGGAGCGGAAGGGGUACGUAAACAUCUGAAAGAUGGACCUCCUAGACGCCGAGUGGGAUUCAUCGUGGAUGGUGCACCUGCCCGACAGGGCGCCCAAAUAUAUUCGUCGCCUCAAAAAGAAUUGAUUGGCGUAGUCACGUCAGGCAUUCCUUCCCCCACGCUUGGGAAAAAUAUUGCGAUGGGCUAUGUGAAGUCUGGCUUCCACAAGAAAGGCACCGAGGUUGAAAUCGAUGUCCGAAACAAAGGGUGGACCUGGCUUUGGCACGCAUUUCUUCAAGCCUGUUCCUUUCCAGACCCAAGACCCCUGACGUGGAUCCACGCCCAGGGAAUCACGGCGUUGUUCAAGAAUCAAGAAGGACACGAUGACGUCGUCGCGAAUGAGCUCCGCUUCUCCCUGCAUGAUUACCUGCGAAGUUUUGGGUUCGCGUUCCCUGUUGGAGAUGCGCAACAGGAACGUAAUUCGCGAGAGCAAACGUCAGAGACUGGCACAGGCGAUGUACCGCGUGUUGACUUACAGCAAGUCGGUAAUCGGCGUCUGACUUCCAAACCUCACGUACUGUCCAUUCUCAAGCUUGCUUCUAUGCAGCCAUUUGCUGAGGUUUAUCGAAGAGCCAUUGUUUCUGUCGGGAAACGUGAUGGUAUCUGGCAGGAUAUCUCUCCUGUCGACUCUAGCCAACAAGCGAUUGCCACGAGCAUCAAAGAUGUCAGUCCGCUUGUCCGACUUUAUGUCAGUGACCACCGAGUACAAAGGAGAAGCUGGUGGGACGGUUUGUGUCGGCGCUGUUGUUGCCUGCAUGGUGCAAAAGAUGAGCGAAGGUAGUAUGUGCGCAUAUCUUCAUGGGCGACACGUCAUUUAAGGAACACAGCAAGUUCAUG